AGUAGCACCGGGGUACUUCACACCUGUUUUUAGACAGCCUUUCAUAAAGAAAUAGAAAUAAUAAAAAAAAAAUAUUUUGAAAUGUUCCUACAAUGUUUUUGUGGAUCCAGUAGUAAUUUAGGAUUAUAGACUUUGGUGUUUGGAUAUUAUUACAAGUAAAGCAAAUAAUAAAUAAUUUCGGUCUAAUGGGAGUAAACCGUUAUCCCACUAGCCGGCUCCAAGCUAUUUAAUUUUGGCCAAAGGUAAGAGGAUAAAGUCUGCUGCACACAAAUAAACGUGUUUAGUUGUGUGACGCCACAGACUUUUAUUUUGAAAUCACCCGGAAAUACUCAAUGUAGUAGGUGAACGUGCUUUGUUACACGUUGAUAUUUUCGCUACAGGUUAUUUACUCACGGAUCUUUAGCUGGAUGGAUGUAGUGAAUACAGAAAUGUGCUCGUCAUAACAGACCAAGAUGGGUAAAAAGAAGGGGAAAGAUAGAAGUCCCAGAAGAGACAGUAACACUGACAUACCAGGGAUUUCCUGCACUCACAUCUGUAAAGGAACAGACCAAAGCUUACUGAAGAAAGCUGGUUUGAAUGAACACUGGAGCUUGUGUCAAGACUGUGAGCCAGAGAAGCCAGAUGAGAUAUUAGAAGAUGAACUUCAUAAAGAAAGUCCUGCUGUGUGGAUGUGCCUGAAAUGUGGCCACAGAGGUUGUGGGAGAUCUUCGGAGAAUCAACAUGCGAUCAAACACUACGAGACCCCUCGAUCUGACCCCCACUGUUUAGUGCUCAGUCUGGACGUCUGGUGUGUCUGGUGUUAUAUCUGUGAUGAAGAAGUUCAGUAUUCCAGCACAGGGCAGCUGGCACAGCUGGUGAAAAGCAUAAGAAAACAUGUGCUGGCAGAUCCCAGCAAGAAAACCUCAGACAAGUUGAGUAAGGUGGAAGAGAGUGUAGAGGAGAAUCCUGCUGGGCAGAAGCUGGAUGAAGAGAAAGGGAACAAAGAGAGCCAGAAGACCGACUCGAAACACUGCAGUCCCAAAAAGUUGAAAUCAGCCACCACAGAAAGUUCUGGUUCUGUGUCUGUCAGGGGUCUUAGUAAUCUCGGCAACACGUGUUUCUUCAAUGCAGUUGUGCAGAAUUUAUCGCAGACGCAGCUUUUCAGACAUUUGUUGGACCAGAUUACAGAUGAAAAGAGCUGCUGUCUCACCAUCACACCUGCACUGUCCUCUGAGCUGGAGCCUCUACAGCUCCAGCUGGAAAGGCCCGGGUCACUCACGCUGGCUAUGUGUCAAUUGCUGAAUGAAAUCCAGGAGACCAAGAAAGGUGUCGUGACCCCUAAAGAACUCUUCACACAAGUAUGUAAAAAAGCGGCACGGUUUAAAGGCUUUCAGCAGCAGGACAGUCAAGAGUUGCUGCGAUACCUUCUAGAUGGCAUGAGAGCAGAGGAAGUGAAAAGAGUAAAUUCAGGAAUUUUGGAGGCUUUUAAAAAUGCUGGCAAAAGCUUGGAAGCUGAGCAGGCGAAGAAGGUCAUAAAAGAGUAUGAGAAAAAUGGUGCGCCCAAGAACUUUGUGGACCAGGUGUUUGGUGGAGAGAUGACCAGCACCUUGAUGUGUAAAGAGUGCAGAACUGUGUCUUUGGUGACUGAGAUAUUUUUGGAUCUUUCACUUCCUGUAGCUGAUGAGGCCUACAGGAAGAAGAAUCAGAAGAAAGUCAUCCAGCAUCGCAGCAAUGUAAGAGAGGAUGGUGAUCAGGACACCACGACUUCUCUGGCUAAUGGGAAUAAAGACAUGCCUACUGGAACAGGAAGCAAGUACCAGCAGAAGAAGUCAAAAAAACAGGCCAAGAAACAAGCCAAGAAUCAGAGGCGGCAACAGAAGCUGGGCAGCAAAGUCAUUCUGGAUGCUCUGACAAAUCAGAACGCAGCCAGUCACCCAGAUUCAGCAGACGCACCCAUUCAAAGUGUAUCAUCGAAUGGGAGCGGUGAUGCAGAAAUGGACGAAAAAACCCAAGAGCAUUUGAGCCAAUCACCCACUUUGAACACCUCAGAACAGGAACACGAGAAACCGCCCACGCUCUCACAAAAAGAUGAAAAUGAUGAGGAACCUGAAGAAGAACCUGCUACUUCAGUCAACAACUGCUUUACUGCGUUAUCGGAAGACCAGAACUCUGAAGAUAUGUCUGUGGAAGGAGAAAAGGGGGAGGAAGUGAAUGAAGUUGAAGAAGAGGGUGGUGCUGCAGGUGAUUGGAUAGUAGAAGAACUGAAUACCUUGUCACUAAACGCAACUUCAGAAGGACCUCAAAGUGAGACGGAGAAUGGGGAUGAUACCUUGGAUAAUGCUAAGGAAUACACAGUGGUCAAUCAGGAUCCUGAGCUUGCGUUUCACACGCUGGCCACCAGAGCGUCGCCAGAGAAGCAGGAGUGUUCGGUGGAGUCCUGUCUGUACCAGUUCACUGAGGUGGAACAUCUCGCCGAGAACAACAGACUGAUGUGUGUAACCUGUACCAAACGACAGACUGGACCUAAAGCCUCAAACGGUUGUAAGAAAGCAGUUUACAGAGACGCACUGAAGCAGAUGCUGAUCUCCUCUCCUCCACCAGUGCUUACACUUCACCUGAACAGAUUCCAACAGGUUGCAUACAGUAUUUGUAAGGUGAACCGACACGUUCAGUUCCCUCAAAUCCUGGAUCUUGCACCAUUCUGCUCUUUAAACUGCAAGGGAGUGAAAGAAGAUGAGACGCGAGUUCUGUAUAGCCUUUAUGGUAUAGUGGAACACAGCGGCACAAUGCGUUCUGGACACUAUACGGCAUAUGUUAAAUCACGACCUUCCACACGGAACUCUGUAGAAAACAGAUCCACAGCUGUUUCAGGUAAUGAUGAGGUCAGUAAAGGAUCCUGGUUUCACAUUAGCGACAGCAGCGUCCACCCAGUUACAGAAGCCAAAGUGCAGAGUUCUCAAGCCUACCUCCUGUUCUACGAAAGGAUCUCAUAACACAUGUUAAGAAAUCAUCUUCAAAACAAAGGGCUGCUGGUGCUGAAAUCCAACUCUGCUGCUGAGAAAUCUUGUUUGAGGGAUAGUUCAACCACAAAUGAAAAUUCGGUCAUUGUUUACUCACCCCUAAUGUUGUUCAAAAACCAUAUGACUUUUUGAGUAAAUGAAGACAGAAUUUUUGUUUUUUUGGGUGAAGUAUCCCUUAAACACACUGCUAAUGAAUUGUAAACUGGAAUUGAAAUUUUUUGUGUGAGCAUCUUCUUUUAUCAUUGAAUUAUCAGCUGCUAUUCCUAUGAAACAACUUAAUGUAUUUUAUUUUUUAAUUCAUAUGCCAAGUGGUGAUUUUAAAUUAAUGAAACUGUUUCCAUACCUCUAGAAAUGAUUGAAUUGUUUGACAAGGGUUUGGUUUGUUUUUGGUUUUCAUACAGCGUUCCUCAUACAGAGAAUAUCAGAAUAUUUCCAGACUUCACAAGAACUGUGUUACCAAGACUGACAGUCAUUUUGGGUGAAUCUCAUGAAGAAAUGUCUUCAAGUCAUAUUUUACCCUAAAAUAAUAAUAAUGAAAAUGUAUGCAUAUAUAUAUGUACACUGGCGGCCAAAAGUUUGGAAUAAUGUACAGAUUUUGCUCAUAUGGAAAGAAAUUGGUACUUUUAUUCAACAAAGUGGCAUUCAGUUGAUCACAAUGUAUAGUCAGGACAUUAAUAACAUGUAAAAUUACAACUACAAUUAAAAAAAUGUUCAGAACUUCUUAAAAUACUUCAAAGAGUUCUCAUCAAAUAAUCCUCCACGUGCAGCAAUGACAGCUUUGUAGAUCUUUGGCAUUCUAGCUGUCAGUUUGUCCAGAUACUCAGGUGACAUUUCACCCCACACUUCCUGUAGCACUUGUCAUAGAUGUGACUGUCUUGUCGGGCACUUCUCAUGCAACUUACAGUCUAGCUCAGGGGUCGGGAACCUUUUUUCACUAAGGAGCCAAUUUUUGAACUUUUGGUUGAUGCCAUGCCACAAAUGAAUAAUUCAAUAUUUUCAAAAACAACGUUUUCAAUAAAAUAAAAUAUUUAUUUUGUCCAUAGACUACUCAAAAACAAACAUGUUAUUUAAAAUGUAUAGGUAACAUGUUGCAAUAUCAUAAAAUUACUUCAUUUUAGAAUUGCUCAUGAAAAAUUUAACUUCCAUUUUGGGCUGGGCGAUAUGUAAAAAAUAUUUUAAUGAUAAUCGCAUUUCAAAUAUUGCGAUAUCCGAUUAUAUCGUCAACCCUCCCAAAGUUGGUGAAUAUUUUUGCUUUAUUUAUUUUGCUUUAAAAAAUGUAUUAAUUUAUUGAAACACGAAAAACUUAAAAGACAUUUCUAAAUUCAAAUUGCACUUUAAAUGAAACGAGAAAAGCAAUUAAAAUAAAGUUCUAUAUAACCACCUCCCCAAAUUCAAACAUUUACUGUCUCCGGCCCCAUUUGCUAUCAGGCAAGUAUCACAACAGGUGAACAAUUACUUACAGCCUACAAAUUAAGAACUAAAGAUAAUUAUAAAUGUAUAGAUAAUUAUAAUAAUCAUAAUAAAUACGACUAAUAAAUUCCCUUAUGUUCCCAAAAGAAAAAUGCUGCCAAAUGUGUGUUCUUAUCGAAUGUGUUUGUAUUGCGCUUGUUAAUACAGUUAAUGCUGCCUAAAGAAAAUAAAAUAGAGCUCAAUUUUAGGUUCAA